AUCCACCUAUCAAGACAAUGGAUGUUUCCAAUAAGUCAGCUGUGUCUGAAUUUGUUUUGCUGGGACUCUCUAAUUCCUGGGAGCUACAGAUGUUUUUCUUCAUGGUAUUUUCAUUGUUUUAUGUGGUUACAAUGGUGGGUAACAGUCUCAUUGUCAUCACAGUUGUAGUUGACUCUCACCUACAUUCUCCUAUGUAUUUCUUGCUUGCCAAUCUUUCAGUCAUUGAUAUGUCUCUUGCUUCCUUUGCCACUCCCAAGAUGAUUACCGACUACCUCACUGGACACAAAACCAUCUCUUUUGAUGGUUGCAUAACCCAGAUAUUUUUCCUACAUCUUUUUACUGGAACUGAGAUUAUUUUACUCAUGGCUAUGUCCUUUGACAGGUAUAUUGCAAUAUGUAAACCCCUCCGCUAUGCCUCAAUCAUAAGCCCCCAGGUAUGUGUGGCUCUUGUGGUGGCUUCCUGGGUUGUGGGAGUCAUGCAUUCAAUGAGCCAGGUCAUAUUUGCCCUCACAUUACCAUUCUGUGGUCCCAAUAAGGUAGACAGCUUUUUCUGUGAUCUUCCUGUGGUGUUCCAAUUGGCUUGUAUAGAUACUAAUGUUCUAGGUCUCUUUAUGAUCUCAACAAGUGGCAUAAUUGCCUUGUCUUGCUUUAUUCUGUUAUUUAAUUCAUAUGUUAUUGUCUUGAUUACUAUCAAGCAACAUUCUUCUAGAGGAUCAUCUAAGGCCCUUUCCACCUGCACAGCUCAUUUCAUUGUUGUCUUCAUGUUCUUUGGACCAUGCAUCUUCAUCUACAUGUGGCCCCUAAGUAACUUUCUGAUAGACAAGAUCUUGUCAGUGUUUUAUACAAUCUUUACUCCUGUUCUGAACCCAAUAAUAUAUACCUUGAGGAAUCAGGAUGUUAAGAUAGCCAUAAAGAAACUGAAGAACAGAUUUCUAAAUUCCAACAAGGCAACUCCUCAACAUUAUUUUUAA